GCGGUGGUGACGUCAGGGGUGUUGCGCACGCAUGUUUUCUCAAGCUGGGUGAGACACGGUGUUGAUGGUUUUUUUUUUUUUUUUUUUUUUUUUUUUUUGGAAAGGCGAAAUAAAAACGAAAGGACAGCCAAGACACGACAAGCAAACCAAACGACGCUGUGCGGUGACGUUAUUUCAGACUGAAUUGUCAAAGCAUGCUGACGGCUUGAGGAGGAGGGCGCUGAAAGCCGGCCAGCAGCCCGCCCCAGCGCUGUGACCUCAUGGACACGAAGUCCCCCAUGGUGGUCCUCCGGCAGGACGGGGGCGCCCCAGCGACCCCUUCCCCGGCCGCCCCGCCUGCCUUCUUCGUCAUCUUGAAGCCCGGGCAGCCCGGAGACAAGAACAAAGAGCAGCAGGGCAUCCUGGUGUCCAACCAGGACCUCAGCGCGGCAGCUGCUGCGGCCGUCCCCAAGCUCCCCCCAUCCCUCAUCGCCAUCGCCCCCGCCCCCGCAAUCACUCCAGCACCCGUGCCCAAGCCCCUCCCUGUCCUCAAGCCUCUCAAGGCACCCCCCGCCCUCGUCACCACCAUCAAGCCCAAGAGCUCGGAGGGGAACCUGCCGGCCGAGUGCGUCCACAAGAGCGGGGUGCGGGUAACCCUGGACAACAACAACAUGUGGAACGAGUUCUACCGCUGCCACACGGAGAUGAUCCUCACCAAGCAGGGCCGCCGCAUGUUCCCUUACUGCCGCUUCCGCCUCUCCGGGCUGGAGCCCUUCCUGCGCUACAUCCUGGUCAUGGACAUCACGCCCGUGGACAGCAGCCGCUACAAGUGGAACGGGCGCCACUGGGAGGCGAACGGCAAGGCGGAGCCCCACGUGCUGGGCAGGGUGUUCAUCCACCCCGAGUCCCCUUCCUCCGGCCAUUACUGGAUGCAGCAGCCGGUCUCCUUCUACAAGCUGAAGCUGACCAACAACACGCUGGACCAGGAGGGCCACGUGAUCCUGCAUUCCAUGCACCGCUACCUGCCACGGCUGCACGUGGUGCCCGCCGACAAGGCCACCGAGGUGAUCCAGCUCAACGGGCCCGAGGUCAUGACCUUCUCCUUCACACAGAACGAGUUCUUUGCUGUCACCGCCUACCAGAACCUGCGCAUCACCCAGCUCAAGAUCGACUACAACCCCUUCGCCAAGGGCUUCCGCGAGGACGGCCAGUGCUACCGGCCCGCCAGGGCCAAGGUGGAAGGGUUGGACUCCAAGCCUCUGUCUCUGGGAGAAGAGGGCAGGGCGGGAGGGAAGCCCAUGCAGACCUCCCUCAAGGCUCUGUUUGGCCACGCAGAGUCCUUUGACGAGGUGAUGGACCAGGAGCUCUUCAGCAACGAGGGCUUCGAUAUCAACAUCCUGCACAGACAGAUCACCCCGGCCAAACUCAGCACGGCUGCUUCUGCCUCUGUCAUCAAGACUGAGAAGAAUGAGGCUCCCAGCGCUCUGAACUGGAAGACGACCCCCAGCGUGGCCCCCGCUGUGCAGCUGAAGGAGGAGGAGGGGCUGCUGGCGGUGAAGACAGAGCUUCCCAGUGACGACGAGUUGAGCGCUGCGGGAGAGCAUGUGGGGCGCGUCAUCGUGAAGGAGGAGGAAGAGGAGGAGGAGGAGGAGGAGGAGAAGGAGGACACUGACCCCAUCAAACCACACCCGGACAGUCCACUCGGCGUGGCUAAAGCCAAGCUGCUAAAACUGAAGCCCUGCAGCAACAAGACUGCACUGCAGGAGAAAGACAAGCCACUACCAGCAGGCAGCGACUGCCCUCCAAACAUCCCGAGCGACUCCCCCGAAAAAGAGUCCCAGACAACGCCAGCAGCCAGACGGCUUCACCGACCCUCCCCUCAAAACAUGCUACACAAGCUGUCCCUCUCCCUACAGAGAGCCCGGAGCAAGCAGAGACCCAUCGCCCCGAGACCCCCUCCCGACCCGGCCCCUGAGUUUGCAGUCCUGUCGGGGCUCCCCAUGAGCAGCAAGGCAGCGGCGGCGCCAAGCCCCCUGCCCUCCGUGAAGAAGCGGCGCCAGCGCAAGGUGCGGUUCGGCAAGACGGGCAAGGCAUCUCGCAAGGCUGCCACGGCCCUGGGCCCCGCCGACACCAGCAUGCAGCCUGACCUGGAGGAUGUGGAGGGGGUCCUGUUCGUCUCCUUUGCGCGCAAGGAUGUGCUGGAUCUUCACCUCGGGGACCAGCCUCAAAGGGGAGAGCCCCAGCUUCCCCCAGAGACCACGCUGCCUCCGGAGAGGAAAGAGGCUCCUGAGUGUGUCCUGGAGCAGAUCUCCCGGCUGGAGAGGAAGCUGCUGGAUGAUCUGAGGAGACUCCGACACAGACAAGUGAUCCACCCCGUCCUGCAGGAAGUUGGGAUGAAGCUGAACUCGGUGGACCGCCGGAUGGACAUUGACCUGAAGUACCUGGGGGUGAGUCUGCCCCUGCCCCCCCCGGUGACGUGCCCUGGAGGAGAGGGGGGGUCUGCUUCCCAAAACACCUCGCCAGAUGUGGUCGUCCCCUUUGUCUCCCGAACGGGGAAAACGAACGACUUCACCAAAAUCAAAGGCUGGAGAGAGAAGUUCAGUGUGAAAUCAGAGGCUGCCCCUUCAAAACCUGAGGGUGGCGCUGUGCCCUCGGAGAGUGCCCUGAAGAACCGCUCUGCGUUCUGCAGCGACGCGCUGGACGAGUAUCUGGAGGCCGAGGCCAAACUGAUCGACCAGCGAGCCGCCAGCUUCUCCCCCAGCGCAGCCUGCGCACCCGUCGCCUACCAGCUCCCCACCAAGAGCACCAGCUACGUGCGCACCCUGGACAGCGUGCUGAAGAAGCAGGCUCCCCCCUACACAGCACCCCGCCCCAGCCCAGCCAGCAAACCCACCCCCACCACCCCUAGGAAACACAAACAGGCCCCAAAAAACAAGACCCCCAGGACAGCUGGCAAAGCCAAACCUGGCAAACCUGCGCUCCCCGUUCCUCGUCCUGUUCACCCUGCUGCCAGACACAAGCCCUCGCCCAAGCCUGCAGCCAAGUCCAAACCACUCCCCCUUUCCUCCCUGCUGAUCACCCCUCCUCCUCCUCCUCCUCCUCCCCUGCCCCCCUCCCUGGGUGAGGUCUACCAGCUGGGCGCGCUGCCGGACAGCGUGCCGCUGAAGCAGGAUGGUUUGGGGCGCGGGCCCGGCUCCUCAAACAGCCGUGCGCAGGGCCUGUCCAAGAACAUGCUGAAACUCAUGGACCUGGAGGACGGGGCGCUGUGGGAGGGCAGACCGCGCACCUUCAUCACUGAGGAGAGGGCAGAGGUGGCACUGAGCUCCCUGCUCACCGCACAGGGCUCCCUGAAGGGAAAGCCUCUGGGUAAGCUGGUCACGCGCCGGGCGCCCCCCUGCCUCAAUGAUUUCUGCAGGCUGGGCUGCGUGUGCUCCAGCCUGUUCCAGGAGCGCCGCCUCCCCACUCACUGCUGCAAGCCCGGCUGCAUGUUCGGCUGCACUUGCCUGAAGCGCAAGGUGCUGCUGGUGAAGGCAGCCGAGCCCAAGCGCAAGAAGCAGCGCAAGGCAGAGGAGCGGGCGGACCUCAUCUUCUACAGCGCGCUGGGAGAGGGGGAGGGGGGAGAGGAGCCGGUCUGCAGCAAGCACAAGAAGAAGAGGAGGAGGAGGAGGAGGAGGAGGAGGAUUGAGUACACUAUCUCAGAGCCUGAGGCAGAGUCACAGCCGGCAGCCCCCCGCGUGUUGAAGCUGUGGACCCCCGUGGCUGGCGAGAUCGACCCCGAGCCCGUCUUCAUCCCCACCCCCUCCGCUUGCGUGCCCCCCCACUCCCCGCCUCGCUCCCCCCAUUCCGGCAAAGGCAGCGGCAAGGGAUACACCUGCAGGCCCAGCUCAGCGAUCCAGGAUGAGGACAAGGGCCCGGUGUACCUGUACUUCGAGAGUAUGAUGACCUGUGCGAGGGUGCGAGGGUUUGACCGUGCACACAAGGAGAACACGCCCUGCGGAUUAAAGAUUGAGAGGGAGGAGGAUCCAAACCACAUGUUUUUGUCUGCACGACAGGGCAAGAGUGUGAAGGAGUGCCGGCAGCAGCAGGGAGGUGGAGGGUCCUCAGAGGAGCCCAUCAAGCUGAUCGAGAUCGUCGCGGAGUGCGACUGGGAGCAUAGCCGCAGCAAGAUCCUCAACGCACUGUCCCGCCGGGUCAACCAGGGAGACCUGGCCCAGCCCUUCGGCGCCGAGGGCUUCCUCGUGGAGCUGGAGUCCCAGAGCGAGAGGAGGGAGGGGGGCAAGCUGGUCAUCGCAUCCAGGGUGCGCAUCUCCCAGCCCGGCCCCCGAGAGGAGGAAGAGGAGGAGGAGGAGGAGGAAGAGAGGGAGUGGGGCAGGGUGUCCAGGGAGAAGGAGGUGUUCAUGAUGUCGAGCAGCGAGGGCCUGGAGACGGUGAGCAGGAAGAAGGCUGGCGUGAAGGGGCUGCCGUUCUACACAGGGGUCUCUCCUGCGGGACUCCUCAACGCUAACAAGAAGCACAGCGACUCCUCCACGCAGGAUCUCGUCAAGGUCAACGGCAAAUCGUAUCCACAAGCCAAGCUCUUGCUCGGCCAGAUGGGGGCACUGCACCCAGCCAACCGGCUGGCAGCCUACAUCACGGGCCGGCUGCGCCCCACUUCACUCGAACUGUCCCAUGUGACCUCCAUCCUCAGCAAGAAAGCCAGAGGUGGGAAAGAGCCGCAGCUGGCAAGCAAGGAGGCGGACAAGAGAGCGUCUAGGGGCGGCCAGGCCCCCUCCCCUGUCACGCCCUCCAGGGCUGAGGCAUCCGCGGCCCCCAGCCUCAGCACCGCGGCCCCCAGCAUCAGCACGGGCAGCGCUCUGACCUUCAGCAAGUUGGGGAUGGCCACUCUGGUAACCAAGCCCUCUGUGGGGAAUGUCUUCACCCAGUUCGUGGUGAACAAGACGGGUUCCCUGCAGCAGAGCCCGCCGGGGCUGAGCCCCCCACACCCGCAGACAGUCCCAUCGGUGGUGAUGAGACCGGCGCUGCCAGCUCGGGGGAGCGAUCAGGGCGCCGAGGUCCCGCCGGCCAUGUCCAGUAGCAGCACUCCCAGCAGCUCAGACGAGGGUCCUCGGCUGGCCUCCCCCCCUGCCGCUGUGGCCCCUGUGGCCCCCGGGAUAGCCCUGCCGGACCGACGGCCUGGAACCCGCUUACUCCUGAUCCCCAUGCCCUCUGCCCCGCCAGUGCGGCCCCCGCAGACCCCUCUGGGGCCACAGUUCCCUCCCGGACAGAGGAUGGUCCUGCAGCCCAUCCGCACCCCCUCGGGGGCCAACCUGUUCCGCCACCCCAACGGGCAGAUCAUCCAGCUGGUGCCCCUGAACCAGCUCCGUGCCAGCCUGCAGCCCAACAUGCAGCAUGUGGUGCUACGCAACCAAGGGUCGGUGAUUCGGUUACCUGCCCCUCCACAGCCAGCAGCAGCAACAGAUCCCAGCACUGCCUCGGUCAUGUCCCCAGUUCGCAGCUCCUCUGUCGCCUCCCCAGCAACGGGCCCCACAGGGAUCACCACCUCCCCCACGCAGAAGCCUGUCCCUGCCCCCAGCUUCGUGAGCCAGCCUGGGACUCUCACCUUCAGGAUCUCUCCCCCGGUGGGAGCAGGCGUGACACUGACCUCUGCCAACCUGCUGCCAGCACAGACAGGCAGCUUUGCCUUGCUGCAGGUCCCCAAACCUGCCUCUACCUCUGCCCCUGUUCCUACCCCCCUCCUUACCCCUGCUACCCCCAAAACCCCCAGCUCAGUCCCGCAGGCCACCACGGAGACAGAGAAACCAGGAAACAACAAUCCGGAUAACCGGCUUACCUCAGAAGUGGGGGAAGGAGAAGGGCAGGGAGAGAGUGGGGUGACCGAGGAGGAGGAGGAGGAGGAGGCUUCAGGAGGAAACCAGGAGGAUGCAGAUGAUAAAGAGGAGGAUGACCAGGGGCAGAAGCCCAAGCUGACAUCCUCCCCCUCUCCCACACCUGCGCAAGAGCAGCCAGGCAGCCCAGACUCUGAGUCGGAGACCUCCUUCCAGGCAGCUGCUGUGUCCAGCGACCACUCCUACACCAACGGCCUCGAGCAGCGUAGAGAGUCAAAGGGGCAAAGCAGUGAGUCGGACCGGUCCUGCCUCGCUGAGCGGAUUGGGGGCUCUGCUGAGCUGGAGGACCCAAGCCCCCUGCCUCUCGCUCCCUCUGCUGCCUCUCCCCCAACCCCCACUCCAAAGCCUCUCAGGACUCUGAUGGACCUCAAAUCCUCUCCUGUCCUCAUUCUGGGUGGCAGCUCCAAGUCUUUGGUGCCGUCUGUGGCAGCCGCCAAGCCUCCUGUAGAGCUGGGACUGGACUCUGGCUCUGGUUCUAGAGGCGGUCUGGAUCUAGGGAGCGGUGGUGGUGGUGGUGUUGGUGGAUCCGGACCAGGCAGGCCCAACGAGUCCCGAGCUGACCCCAGCAGAGAGGCUCUGAACCUGGGGCUGGAGGAUGGAGAGGUACAGGAGGAGGAGGAGGAGGAAGAGGAAGAGGAUGAUAAGACAGACAACUCUGAGGACGAGUUUGAGGGACAGGACAGCGAGGAGGACAGCGAGGGAGACGAGAUGCAGGUUAUGGACAGCGAAGCCUCUGACUCGAGCGAGGAGGAGGAGGAUGACGAAGAAGCCAUCGAUAUCGAGACGGUGGAGGAGCUGUCUGAGAAGAUCAGUAUCGCCCGGCUCAAAGCCAGCGCCAUGCAGACGAGACUCGUCAAAGAGUGCAGCCUCUUCCAGCCUAAGAUCGUCACCAAACACAGCGUGAAACGCGGGCGGCGCGUGGAGGAGGAGGAGGAGGAGCUGGUUGAGGUGGAGACCUGCUCCCGGCUCAACCACACCGCCAACGAGCGCAGGCGACGCAGCGAGAUGAGAGAGCUCUUCGACAAGAUGAAGAAAGUGCUGGGGCUACACCGCCUGCCCAAGGCAUCCAAAUACUACAUCCUGAAGCAGGCACACAAUGAGAUCCAGGCUCUGGAGGAUCAAGCUGAUCGGCUCCAGGGGCAGAAGAACCUGCUGUCCCGCCGGAGAGCCGUGCUGGUGAAGAAGAUCGCGCAGACGUCCGGGAAGACGGAGGAGCUCAUCCUGAAGAAGCUGGAGUACAUCUCGGCCAAGCAGAAGGCAGUGGAGAUGCAGAGGAAGAAGCUGGGGAAGAGCGUGGCUGCAGGGGUCACCCCGAGGGAGCCCCCCAGACCCCUGGCCCACGUUGAGCCCUCCGAGCCCCCCCUGAAACUGGACAGCUCCCAUGCAGGCAGACCCCUCAUCCUGUCCCGGAAGAGAGCUCCGCACAGCAAAACUGCCGGUGUAUUGGGCUCCUCCUCAGUGUUGUCCACAGGCAGUCUCGUGGUCACUCCUGAGGGUCGUCUCGUCUCUCUGAAGCCCCCCCUGCAGACCGGCCCCCCCAUGGUGGCAGCAGAGAUCACCUCUCUCCCAGGAGUAGCGUCUGUGAUGAUCCAGCUGCCGGGUCUCACACUCCCAAUCCAAGUGAAGAACUGCAUCCCCCUCCCAGUGACUGGAGCUCAGACCAGCUCACAGAGAGGAGCACUGCGUGGAGCUCAGACCAGCUCACAGAGAGGAGCACUGCGUGGAGCGCAGGGCGGAGCUCAGACCAGCUCACAGAGAGGAGCACUGAGGGGAGCUCAGGGCGGCGCUCAGACCAGCUCACAGAGAGGAGCACUGAGCGGAGCGCAGGGCGGAGCUCAGACCAGCUCACAGAGAGGAGCACUGAGCGGAGCGCAGGGCGGCGCUCAGACCAGCUCACAGAGAGGAGCACUGAGCGGAUCACAGGGCAGAGCACAGAGCGGAGUGCAGGGCAGAGCUCAGACCAGCUCACAGAGAGGAGCGCAGAGCGGAGCACAGAGCGGAGCGCAGGGCAGAGCGCAGGGCGGAGCACAGAGCGGAGUGCAGGGCAGAGCGCAGAGUGGCGCACAGAGCGGCUCCUCACUUCCCAAGACAGGCACAGCAGCAGAGCCUGAGGAGUUCAUCAUGCCCAGGAUUGUGAAUGUCACCUCACUAGCCGUCUCGGACACAGAGAAGCAAGGAGCCCCUCCUCGACCCCUGGACUCCAGCCUUGAGGGCCAGCCAGGGCCCCAGGAAGAGCCAGCAGGGGGGAAGGAAAGAGAGGCCCUCAGUUCAUCUGGUACCCCAGUUCCUGAGGGCCCAGCAGAGCAGAGCAGUGGCCCCCUGGACCAGAGCAGGAGCUGCCUGGAAGAGGAGAGGGAAAGAGGGAAGGGAGCGGCAAGAGAGGAGCCUGCUUCCCCUGGUCGUACAGCAGAGGGAGAGGAAGAGACCAGGGAAAGAGAUCAGAAGGAUGGAGGGGACCCUGCUGGGGAUCCAGAUUCGAGUCAGGAGGAGGCGGAAGAUGAGGAUGAAGACCCUGAGGAUGACCGGCUGACCUCCCUCCUGAACGAAAUCGUCUUUCUGAACCAGCAGCGCGGCAGCGACAUGCAGACGCAGUUCACACAGUGCAGGGAGACGAAGGAUAACGGCUCUGCAGGGGGUGUUGCCAACACUGUCAGCCCCCUCUUCCUGCAGCUGGCUGAUGAGCUGCUGGACCCUCCCUGCGCCGAGAGCAUUGAUUCGGACAGACAGCAGGGGGCGCCAGGAGAGGGCGACUUUGUCAGAAUAGUGUUGGGCUCAGAAUUCGUGGAUUCUGGCUCUGGAGCCAGCAGCAGCACAGGGGUGAUGAAUGGGACCAGCCAGCAGGGGCGUGCACUGACCCCUCCCCCCCUGCUGCAGCACAUGAGACUGGGCAGCAGCACUUGCCCCUCCUCCCCCCCUACCUCCACCCAGCACACUCCCGCGGACAACGAAGCCUGGAGACCCAUGCCCAAGCUAGCUCCCCUCGGACUGAAAUCAGGGCUCAAUCAGACCCCCCCGUCUCCUCCCCACUCCACCUCCACACUCUACACUACAACCAUGCCCCUGCUGGCCCCCGCCUCUCCCAGGGAAGGAAAGAGCAGCAGGAGCCCCCCCUUACUCAGUCAAGCAGACUGCUGACAGAGUGGAGAACAAUAAGAAUUAUAAUAAUCAGGGAGUGUACUUGUAUAGAUGACUUGUUAAUAUGUACUUAUUUAUAGUCUUUUUGUCCAGAAUAACUGCCGAACGUGCCUUUUUGAAAUUGCAAAGGCUUUGGUUUCCUUUCUUUUUUUUUGACUGGGGUAAGAGAAAGGGCAGGUAGCGUUGGGGAGGGUGGGGUUUUCUUUUAAAAUGGUGCCCCAACUUUCUUCUGAAUGUAUAGGGUUUUUGAAGUGAUUACUGCUGUGGGCGUGUUUGAAAUGAAAGCAGUGUCUCAGAACAGCAGCCAACAUUGUGCUGCCACGUAUGUUUUGAAUGUUGUUAGGAGUCUGCUUGGGGGUGGGGCAGCCCCUCUGAGCAUGCACCCGGGUCAUUCCCAGCAGUACUCCAGGCAAAGAGGUCAAGAGACAAAGGCCCACCACAGCAUCUUCGUUUGAGAAGUAUGGGAAGAGCGACACAUUGGUUGCUUUAAGAGUAUUGAGUGGAGUUCUGUUUCCUAGGCCUGUCUGCAGUCUUCACAGUUCAUGCUGCAGUAGUAAACGGAGUCCCCAUUCUCCUGCUCCUAGUGCUGGAAUAUUGAAAGCAGUUUCUCUUUCACCCCAAAACAAAUGCAGUCAGUUCUGAGCAGUUAGCUCUGUGUUGUUGUGGGACUUCUACUGAAUUGAUUGAAGUGAUUAAUAAUGAAAAGUAAUGCUGGUGAUGAUGGCUGAUCAGAGUUUAUAUGCGCAGGCUGUCAUUUUGUAUAGCUGUUUUUCAUGUGUAUAUUUCGAAUGAGAGGCUUGUCAAUGUGUAUCUAUCUCUGCAUCAAUAGUGCUGAAUUUAGAAAUGCAAAAAAAUAAGAAUUCAGUGAGACGUUUCAACUAGAUUUUUUUUUUUUUUUUUGGUUAAUCAGUACAUCCUGGUAAUUCCCUGCUAGUGUGUACAAACAUACAGUCUUUGUGUUGUAGGAAGAAAUGUAAAUGCUUCCAUUCUUUGUCUGUUUGUUUUUUGUAAUAAAUGAGGCUGCACUUUUGAAAGAAGCGGCAGUUUUGUCCCCCAUGCCUGUUUUUCCGAGCAGAGACGAAGACACUAUUUUUUUAAAGAUAUCUAUUGCUGCCACGUUGUGAUCUCCUUUCUGUAGAGGACGACAGGAGACUUUGUGGCCUUCAAAUAAAAUAAAUACAAAGCCGUUCUUGACCUGUGUGUGUGU